AUGACCCCAGCCACGACUCCAGACAGCGUCGUUGAAUGGCGCCGCAGCAAUUGGACAACAUUUGGCUACUGUCUCAUCGUGUCCCUGGGGGCCAUCCUUUUCGGCCUCGACACGGCCACGAUAUCCGGCGUCAUCAUGAUCAACAAGUUCCAGGAGGACUUUGGCGACAUGGGUCCAAUCACGGGCGCCUUUUCCAUCUCAGCCGGCGGCCAGACACUCCUAUACGGACUCUUAUUGAACGGGGCCAUUCUUGCCAGCAUGGUGUCCGGCCCGAUAGAGACAAGCAUGAUGUAUCAAGGCUUCAUCAACGCUGCUGCGUUUGCAGGCGCCGGCAUUAUCCAGGGCGUCCACAAUCUCAACAACAAGUGGGCAUGGAGAACUCCUCUAGUGGUCAUGAUGAGUGCCCCAUUGUUAAUGCUCUUGCUCAUCCCUUUGCUGCCAGAGACUCCCAGAUGGUAUGUCACCAGGGGUCGCUAUCAGGAAGCUCGCGAGUCUCUCGGAAAGGUACGUGGCACGACAUGGCCGCCUGCCGAGCUGGACCGUGAGAUUGACGACAUCACGGCCAUGUUUGAGCUGGAGCGCAGUCUCGAGGGCUCGAGGGCUCGAGGGCUCGACAACAUACCGAGACUGCUUCCGCAAAACUGA